AUGUCGUCCCUCUACAGUCCAGCGCUGAAUCUGUUGAUGGAGAUCUGUAUGGUGUCAGCUGGAAUUGGUGGUGCCAUAGGAAUUCUCCUGAUCAGCUAUUUUCACGCUGAUUCUAAGUACUCCAACCUCAUAAUAUAUGGUUUGUUUCUUCUGCUUUACUUCCAGAUUGAAUUCUCGUUCACAUAUCUUUUCAACCCCACAAGAGUUACCAGCAAAUCGUUCUUGAUCUAUGGAAAUCGAGGAAACCUCCAGUUUUGGGCCAUGCAAACAUUUGCUGUUUGGGAAUAUUUGGUGCAUCGUAGCUCCAUCAUUUCCUUUGUCACCAAUUGUUUUCUUGACAACCAAGUAAUACCGAGAAUAGGGAUAGCCAUGAUAGUUUCUGGACUUAUAAUACGGGCCUGGGCUAUCCAGACCUGUGGCUCUUCAUUCUCUCAUCUCAUAGAGACUGAAAAUAGACGCAAAGAUCACGUACUUGUCACUUCUGGUAUCUACAGCAUCUUGAGGCAUCCCAGCUACUUUGGGUUCUGGUGCUUUGCUAUAGGAGCCCAACUAUUGUGUAUCAAUUGGCUCAACCUCAUUGCUAAUAUAGUGAUAUUGGCCCAUUUCUUCACAGUACGUAUUGAGUUUGAGGAAUACUUCUUGAUCCACAAGCUUUUUCAUGAAGAGUAUGUAGAGUAUAAGAAGAAGGUCGGGGUGUGGAUUCCUUUUGUCAGAAUCAAAGACAAUAUAUAG